GGCACACCUGUGUGCAUUGUUUCUCCAUCAGCUUGCAGGGGAGGUUGGCAAACGAAAUACCCUCUUCCAUCGAUAGAACUGUCAUAAUUUUUCAGGAUGGAGUCUGCAGCUGAGACCAGCACUGCAGGAGUUUCAGUAAAAGAUGACCUUUCAGAAAAAUGUCAGAAGUUAUUUCUUGAGUUCUUGGAGGAGUUUCAGGACACAAACGGGGAGAUUUUGUAUCAACCUGAUGCUGAGGAGCUCAUUCGACCAGAGAGAAACACACUGACUGUAAACUUCACCAACAUUGAGCACUUCAAUCAGCAACUAGCUACCACUAUUCAGGAGGAGUAUUACAGGGUAUACCCAUUCCUAUGCAGAGCAGUCCGUUUCUUUGCAAGAGAUCAUGGGAACAUGCCAGUAGCCAAAGAGUUCUAUGUGGCCUUCUCUGACUUUCCAUCAAGACAAAAGAUCCGAGAGCUCUCCACGGCCCGGAUCGGGUCCCUACUGCGUAUCAGUGGCCAGGUGGUGAGGACACACCCAGUGCACCCUGAGCUGGUCAGUGGUACCUUCCUGUGUCUGGAAUGCCAGUCUGUUAUGAAAGAUGUUGAGCAGCAGUUUAAAUACACCCUGCCCAACAUUUGUAAGAACCCAGUCUGUGCCAAUCGACGUCACUUCAUGCUGGACCCCAACAAGUCCCGUUUUGUGGACUUUCAGAAGGUGCGUAUCCAGGAGACCCAGGCGGAGCUGCCUCGUGGCUCCAUCCCCCGCAGUGUGGAGGUGAUCCUGAGGGCAGAGGCUGUGGAGAUGGCUCAGGCAGGGGACCGCUGUGACUUCACCGGCACACUGAUCGUCGUACCAGAUGUCGCUGCCCUGGCUGUGUCAGGCACCAGGGCAGAGACCAGCAGCAGAGUGACUGGGGGGAGGCAGGGCUUUGAUGCAGAUGGGAUCCAGGGACUGAAGGCUCUAGGUGUCAGGGAUCUGUCCUACAGACUGGCCUUCCUAGCCUGCUACGUGGCCCCCACUAACCCUCAGUUUGGUGGUAAAGAUCUACGACAGGAAGACCAGACUGCAGAGAGUGUGAAGAACCAGAUGACUGUUCAGGAGUGGGAGAAAGUGUUUGAGAUGAGUCAGGACAAGAACCUCUACCACAACCUCUGCACCAGCCUCUUCCCCACUAUCCAUGGGAAUAAUGAGAUAAAGCGUGGAAUCCUAUUGAUGCUCUUUGGCGGUGUUGGCAAGACGACCAUGGAGGGCACAUCUCUGAGGGGGGAUAUUAAUGUUUGCAUCGUUGGGGACCCCAGUACCUCCAAGAGCCAGUUCCUAAAACACGUGGAGGACUUUGCGCCCAGGGCAGUCUACACCAGUGGGAAAGCCAGCAGCGCGGCCGGGUUGACGGCAGCUGUAGUGAAAGAUGAGGAGUCCCAUGAGUUUGUCAUCGAGGCUGGGGCCCUCAUGUUGGCGGAUAACGGAGUCUGUUGCAUUGAUGAGUUUGACAAGAUGGACCUGAAAGACCAGGUAGCCAUUCACGAGGCCAUGGAACAGCAGACCAUCUCCAUCACUAAGGCUGGUGUGAAGGCCACUCUGAAUGCUCGCACCUCCAUCCUGGCGGCUGCUAACCCCAUCGACGGGAGAUACAACCGCUCUAAGUCUCUGAAACAGAACGUCAACAUGUCAGCACCCAUCAUGUCCAGAUUUGACCUCUUCUUCAUUCUGAUUGAUGAGUGUAAUGAGGUGACAGAUUAUGCCAUAGCCAGGCGUAUCGUAGACCUGCACUUUAGAAACAUGGAGUCUGUGGAGCGAGUCUACGCCACUGAUGAGAUACAGAGAUACAUACUGUUUGCUCGGCAGUUUAAACCAAAGAUCACAGCAGAGGCAAAAGAGUUUGUGGUGGACCAGUACAAGCGUCUGCGUCAGCGGGACAGCAGCGGCAGCACCAAGUCAGCCUGGCGUAUCACCGUCAGGCAGCUAGAGAGCAUGCUCCGACUAUCUGAGGGCAUGGCCAGGCUCUACUGCUCAGAUGAGGUGCAUCCCAAACACGUUAAGGAGGCCUUCCGGCUAUUGAAUAAGUCUGUCAUCCGCGUCGACUCCCCAGAUAUCAACUUCGACCAGGAACAAGACGAUGGGGAAAUGAAUGAUCAGAAUGACAUGAUGGGCACUAAUGGCAAUCAUGCAGAGGAGGCUAUGGACACAGAGCAUGGGGCAGGCAGACCAGAGAAGACCAGCACUGCCAAGCCUGCCCUCAAGAUGACCUUUGCUGAGUACAGAAGGGUCUCCAACCUCAUUGUUUUUCACAUGCAGAAGAUGGAAGAUAUUGAUGAGUCCUCACUGAAGAUGAGCGAGCUGAUUAACUGGUACCUGAAAGAAAUGGAGAGUGAGAUAGAGUCAGAAGCUGAGCUGGUUGCCAAGAAGAACCUUAUAGAGAAAGUGCUUCACAGACUAAUCCAUUAUGACCACAUUAUCAUAGAGUUAACGAAGACUGGGCUGAAGAAAGUUAGUGAUGAGGGAGAGGAACCUGUCAUCGAAGAGGACCCCCUCUUAGUGGUCAACCCCAAUUACGUCCUGGAAGAUUAGGUAGGGUCCACCUCAGCCAUAGAUAUUGUGGAAGUAAUUGAACUCAGGCUUAUCUGUAAGGAAUUUGUGAUUGCAGCUACAGUAGCCUACUGUCAACUUGUUUUGCUGGCAUGUUGCUAUUGACUAUCAAUGUACUGUCUCUAAAAAAAACAUUGAACACUUGUCAUACUACUCAUGUCUAUGCAUUUCAAUAAAUAUAUUUUUUGCAGUG